AUGGAAGCAGAACAUCUGAAGGCUUGGAAGAGCAGCUCAGCACCUGCAACACAUCCUCCAGUUUCCGAGGGUCGCCUUCAUCAUUCAGGACACCCGGGCUCCCGAAGCAAGGGCACAGUCCCCAUCUCCUGCGUGCUCGCAAUCCGCCCGAGCGCCCGACUAGGCCCAUCUGCCCUCGCACUGGACGUCUACGGGUGCCUGGCCUCGGGCCAAGCCUGCCGCCUAUGGGAGCAGCUGCGGCAGUUCUGGGCCGACCACUUCUCGCGGCGCUUUUCUCCACGGCGCCCGCCGCUGCGCCGCAUCUCCUCCAUGUCCACCUUCUACCUGCUGGACCACCGGACGCGCCAGGCCGAGCUGGGCCUCAACUACGGCGCACCGCGCACGCGUCUCAGCGAUGAGGCCUUCGUGUUCCGCCGCGGCCAGUGGCGGGCGGAAGGGCAGCCGGGGCGCUCGCCCACCGUAGCGGGCUGGAAGACACAGCUGCAGCAGGCCAAGGGCCAGGUGCUACUGGAGGAGAACAACUACCUGAAGCUGCAGCAGGAACUGCUCAUGGACAUGCUGACCGAGACCACGGCGCGCAUGCACCUGCUGGAGAAGGAGCUCGACACCGAAGCCAGCCCGCCCCCCGCAGCGCGCACCUGGCAGGGCAAGAUGCGCAGGCGCCAAGGCGCGGGCGGCGUGCUCAUGAUCGAGUCGCGCGCUCUGGAGUCGCGGUGA